AAGAAAAAAUAAUAAAUGAAAAUCAACCAAAUAUCUCGUCGAUCACUUGUUUUCUGUUUUGUUUUUCUUUCCUCUAAUACAGAUUUGAUCUUUCUUUCAAUGUCUUCCUUCUCUUUUGCAUUCCUUUGUUGAUCUAACCAACAAACAUUGGUUUUGUAAAAAAAAAAUGGGAAGCGAAACAAUGACCAACUUGUCUCUACAAAAGAAACUCAAAUCAAGGUUUUGCAUCGCCGGAUGUUUUCGUACGACCAAUCAUCACCACCACGACAACAUUCCCGACGACCUACCAUCAUCCCCGGUCACCACCGAGAAAUCUACACAAAGCCCACAUGGUGGUGGAAUGAAGACCAAAUCUCCAAGACUCACUAGGACGUUGUCCAAGUCACAUGAAAAAUGUAAGAGUCUGAUCCAUCGAAUGGGCGGUGGAGUAGGUGGCGUUGGCGGUCACGGGAAGCAUAUUCGCCGCCAUACUGCUGACUUUCAUUACGAUCCGUCGAGCUAUGCGCUUAACUUUGAUAAAGGAGAUGAGGAUGACAAUAUCGACCGUUUUCCGCUACGUAACUUCUCCGCUAGGCUGCCUCAUUCACCGCCUUCUUCGGCCAAGGCCGCGGAUUCUUCGUAUACGGUUCAAAACCUUUUGCGGUAAAGAAUGAAUCACACAUUUCUAUCUACCAAAUAAUCUGAUGUUUUUAGCAAAUGUAAAUACAAAAGUUGUUUUGAGAAAAAAAAAAAAAAAAAACUUGUUGUUGAUAUAAUAAUAGUUGGGAUCGGACAGUGUUUACUAUUUGACAUGUGCAUGCCAAUGCUAAUGUCGUCGUUUCAAAUUUUUUUGUUGAUCAUAACAUAGAGAAAUAUGAAAGAAUUGUAGAAGUUUCAUAAUGAACUCUUGUACCAGAACCAGAAUAGACGAUAUAGAAAAUGUAGUUUUUCAUGGUCAUGUGUAUAUUGUAAAGAAGAAUGGAUGGAU